AAACGUGUAACUCUACUUGCAGCAGCGUAGCAGUUUGUAGAGCCGAACCUGCUGUGAUGCUUUCUUGAACCUUUUAGUUUGGCUGAUACUUAGAGCUGGUUUGUGGGGUGGGUGUUCUGUGCUGCAGCAGAGCGUGUACUAUGCCACUGUGGGAUGGAAGGUAGGUCUGAAGAGGAAGGCUUUGUUGUGAACAUCUGAGGAAUGACUGCUGGGCAAGUGUUACCAUCCACGAGGCACCUAUGGUGAUUUCUGACCAAGACUUUCUCUCUAGCAGAGCGCAGGACAGAAUUCCAGCCCUGUCCCUCCCGCCCGGUGGCCUUUUCUAGUCCACAGUUCCUCAGACAAUACAUGCUAAGCGGUCAUCCCCCUCACAUCUUCCCAAGCUCACCUGCGGCAAGUGACUUUCAACUUGAAGCUCCAAGCUGCUCGAGUGAGAACGGAGAAGGUGCAGGGAGAGAAGGCGUCGACUUAUCAUUCAGGGAGACAAGGCCGAGCAGAAUUUCAAGAACAUUUUUCAGCACACAUCAAGGUCACCCAGUAGAUUGGGUGGAAGGCAGCAGAGGAGGAGGAACAGAUCUUGGCCUGGCCCAGAGGAUGAGCCCUGAGGAGUCAGACACAAUGUUGAAAGGAGUCAAUGCCUCAGAAUCUGGAGCAGUUAUAUGUGGAAAAUAUAGACUAGGACUUAGCAAAAAGUCAGGCCUGUUCAGCCACCACAGGCAUCAUGAGUGCCCUGAAUGUGGGAGAGGCUUUUGCCAGAGAUCAGACCUCAUCAAGCACCAGAGGACACACACAGGGGAGAAGCCUUUCCUGUGCCCCGAGUGUGGGCGCCGCUUUAGCCAGAAGGCCUCCCUCAACAUACACCACAGGAAGCACUCGGGAGAGAAGCCGUACGUGUGCAGGGAGUGUGGGCGAUGCUUCAGGUACACUUCCUCUCUCACUAACCACAAGAGGAUCCACUCCGGGGAGAGACCCUUUGUAUGUGAGGACUGUGGGCGGGGCUUUCGCCAGAAGAUAGCCCUCAUUCUGCACCAGAGGACGCACUUGGAGGAGAAGCCCUUCGUGUGCCCCGAGUGUGGGAGAGGCUUUUGCCAGAAGGCAUCGCUUCUCCAACACCGGAGCUCACACACAGGGGAGAGGCCCUUCUUAUGCCUAGAGUGCGGGCGCAGCUUCCGGCAGCAGUCGCUGCUCCUCAGCCACCAGGUCACACACUCAGGGGAGAAGCCAUAUGUCUGCGCUGAGUGUGGGCACAGCUUUCGCCAGAAGGUCACCCUCAUCAGACACCAGAGGACACAUACAGGGGAGAAGCCUUACCUGUGCCCCCAGUGUGGGCGAGGUUUUAGCCAGAAGGUCACCCUCAUCGGACACCAGAGGACACACACAGGGGAGAAGCCUUACCUGUGUCCCGUGUGUGGGCGUGCCUUUGGUCAGAAGGUCACCCUCAUCAGACAGAGGACGCACACAGGGGAGAAGCCUUACCUGUGUCCCGUGUGUGGGCGUGCCUUUGGCUUUAAGUCACUCCUCACCAGACACCAGAGGACACACUCAGAGGAGGAGCUUUAUGUAGAGAGAAUGUGUGGGCAAGGACUUGGCCAGAAGUCACACCCCAUCUCUGACCAGAGGACACACGCAGGAGAGAAGCCAUGUGUUUGUGAUGAGUGUGGUCGUGGCUUUGGCUUUAAGUCUGCCCUCAUCCGACAUCAGCGGACCCACUCUGGGGAGAAGCCGUAUGUGUGCAGGGAGUGUGGGCGUGGCUUUAGCCAGAAGUCUCACCUCCACAGACACAGGAAGACCAAGUCUGGCCAUCAGCUCCUACCACAAGAGGUGUUCUGCUGACCUCUCCUCUCCUUUUCUUUCCCAUGAAUGUAAAGCUGACAGAAAUCACGAGUAAAUGUUCCACUUUCCUGAAUUGGCAUGGGGAAAAGUUGCUUUCUUUCUUUGAUCAUGAGACAGUUGAUUUAUGAUUUACUUUCUGUGUUAACAGUGUGUUCACGAGGGCGGCCAUAACAAAGUACCCCAAGCUGGGUGGCUUUAACAACACAAAUUUAUUUUCUUAUACUUAUGGAGCCUGGAAGUCCCAGAUCAAGGUGUUGGCAGGUUUGGUUGCUACUGAAACCUCUUUCUGUGGCUUGCAGAUGGCUGCCUUCUUCCCGUGUCCUCACGUGGCCUUUUCUCUGUGUGCAUGCUUUCCUGGUGUCUCCUCUUCUUACAAGGACAAGUCAUUUUGGAUGGGAUCGUACCGUUAUGACCUCAUUUAACCUUAAUAACCUUAAAGGCC